UAUUCUACACUUGCAAGAAUUGCUAUGGACAUCUGUGCAAUUUCCACAUCAUUGGUACUCUGCAAACAACUUUUUUCAGGUGGGGCGGAGACCACCACUGCCCAUUGCUCUUAUCUCAGUGCCAAACACUUUGAACAGUUACAAAUGCUCAAAUUCUCAUAG